AUGGCCAUGUUUCAGUAUUGGAAGGAGGAUCGCUUUACUCCUGCCAUGCACACGAGCCAGUGCUCCUUCAGUCUGCGUUUCACUGAGCGUCUGCGUACCUUGUGGACUGCAUCGGUGGUUCUCAGCGGUUCAGUGACAUUCACAGAUGUGGCCAUCAACUUCUCUCAGGAGGAGUGGGAAUGGCUUCAGCCUGCUCAAAGGGAUUUGUACAGAUGUGUGAUGUUGGAAAACUAUGGCCACCUGGUCUCACUGGGUCUUUCCAUUUCUAAGCCAGAUGUGGUUUCCUUAUUGGAGCAAGGGAAAGAACCUUGGCUGGGGAAAGGAGAUGUGAGAAGAAAUCUGUUUCCAGUUUCAGAGUCAAAUAGUGAAAUCAAAGAGCUUUCUCCAAAAAAUAUUUAUGAAGAUGACUCAUACCAGUAUUUGAUAAUGGAAAGAGUUAUAAACCAAUGCCCUGAGGAUUCCAGUUUUAAAGGAGGUUGGAAAUGUGUGGCUGAUACUGAGAUGCUGCAAAGAAGUCAAGAUUGUAUCAGGAAAGUGACAGUUUCUCAUCAAGAAGCCUUGGCUCAACACAUGAGCAUUAAUACUGUGGAGAGGCCCUAUGGAUGCCAUGAAUGUGGGAAAACUUUCAGUCGGCGUUUUUCCCUUGUGCUGCAUCAGAGGACUCACACUGGAGAGAAACCAUAUAUAUGUAAGGAAUGUGGCAAAACUUUUAGCCAGAUCUCAAACCUCGUGAAGCAUCAGAUGAUACACAGUGGAAAGAAACCCCAUGAGUGUAAGGACUGUAACAAAACCUUCAGUUACCUUUCAUUCCUUAUCGAACACCAGAGAACACACACUGGGGAGAAGCCCUAUGAAUGCACUGAAUGUGGAAAGGCCUUUAGCCGUGCCUCAAACCUCACUCGACAUCAGAGAAUUCACAUGGGCAAAAAACAGUAUAUAUGUAGAAAAUGUGGGAGAGCCUUCAGCAGUGGCUCAGAACUCAUUCGCCAUCAGAUUACACACACGGGAGAAAAACCGUACGAAUGCUUUGAAUGCGGGAAGGCAUUUCGCCGUUCCUCCCACCUCACUCGACAUCAGAGCAUUCACACUACCAAAACCCCAUACGAAUGUAACGAAUGUUCCAAAGCCUUCCGUUGCCACUCAUUCCUUGUUAAACAUCAGCGAAUUCAUGCUGGAGAAAAGCUCUAUGAAUGCGAUGAAUGUGGUAAGGUUUUCACGUGGCAUGCAUCCCUUACUCAGCAUAUGAAAAUCCAUACUGGAGAAAAACCCUAUGCAUGUACUGAAUGUGACAAAACCUUCAGUCGGAGUUUUUCUCUCAUUUUACACCAGAUAACGCAUAGUGGAGAGAAACCCUAUGUGUGUAAGGUAUGUAACAAAUCUUUCAGCUGGAGCUCAAACCUUGCUAAACAUCAAAGAACACACACUCUAGAGAACCCCUAUGAAUAUGAAAAUUCAUUUAAUUACCACACACUCCUUACUGAACAUCAGCAAUUUCAAUUGUAG